UUCCCAACGCUUCUGGUGAUUUCGCCAGCGAGGAAGGCUGAGGGGAUUGUAGUCUAGCACGGGGCCUGAAUCACACGUAGUUGUCAAUUCGCCUAUCGGCCGGGCUCGCGCUUCUCUACCCAUAGCAGUGUAGCAGGCGGGUAGCAGAGUUCAGACAGGCAGCAAUCGCGGGCGGGAAGCGAUCUAGGCGACAGCAGUCUUAGGGCGAUGGCAGUUUCGUCUCUGCCGGCGGCAGCAGCGCUCACCGCAUUCCGGGACCGGUCGCCAGGGGAAAGGGAGCUUUCGCCAGAGCUUAAGGCGAUUCUGGAGGUUACUGCCCUGACAGGCACUGUCUGGCACGACUGGGAGUGCAUGAGAGAGCUGCUUGCCUUCACCAUCUCUCAGGUCCUUGAGGAGUACGAGACAGAGCGCGUGGCAGGGGUGGGCCCGCCUCGUCCUCUGCCUUCAGGAGAGACGUUUGCAGAGAUGAACGAGCGCAUCCUCUCCUACCUUGAGGCAUUCACAGAGGGGGCGCCAUUCACCAUCCAACGGAUCUGUGAGGUGCUUCUUAAUCCGCGAGCCACCUACACCAAUCUUAAUCGAGUGGCUUUUGCCCUCGAGAAGGUCCCUCCUCCUAGUGACCUCCUCUGCCCCUCCCCCCACGGACCCUUUCCCUGCCCUCCCCCUCCCCCCCUCCCACCUCCACCGCCUCUACCGCAACGCCCCCUCCUCCUCCCCCCCUCCCUCCCUCCCUCCUCCUUCGGAAUCCUCCCCUCCCCCCACCAAGACCCAGCAAGCAGAGCAGGGGGGAAGGGAGAAGGCGAGAAAGAGCACCCAGCAGGACACGGUGGAGGGGAAGGAAAGGAAGGGCGGGGAGAGGGGGGGGGCGCAGGGAAAGACCCAGGGGAGGACGCAGCAAGGGGGGGGGGUGCAGCAAUGGAGACGGAUGAGGGGGUCGCUCCCCCUGGUUCUCCUGACAUCGCGCCGCAUUCGCCUGAGUUUGCAGGGUUUUUCCGUGAGGUGGUGGUGGAAGAGACAGCUAUGGAGCUGGGAGGUGGUAGUGUGGUGACUGACGCAGCGCGAGAUGGGGCAGUGGGGAGUGGGGCAGCUCCAGGUGGUAUUGUAGGUAGUGGUGCGGUGGGGAGUGGUGCGGUGGGGAGUGGUGCGGUGGGGAGUGGUGCUGUGGGUAGUGGUGCCACUCGCAGUGGUAGCAACAGUGCUAGCGGCAGUGGCAGUGGUGGGAGCAGUGGUGGCAGCAGGGGGGGUGCCAUAGAAACGGAAAGAGAUGAGGGAAAGGAGGAGGGUGGUGUGUCUGGGAGUGGUGCAGCGGAGAAGAGAGAGGGUAAGGGAGGGGGUGGGAGUGAGAGAGGGCGGGAGGGAGGGGAGGAGAUGGAAGAGGAGGAGGCGAGUAAGUGGCUGGUGGAUAACCCCCCUCCUGUUGCCUUUGGUCCUGUGUCUCCCACGAGGGAAGAAAGCAGGGAGGAGAGGAGGGAGGGGGGGAGGGAGGAGGAGAGGGAGGAGGUGAGGGAGAAGGGAAAAGGGUUUGAUGCAGGAGAGGAGAGGGGGAAGGAAGAGAUGAUGGUGGAAGUGGGAGGUGACUUUCGAGUGGAGUGUGAGGAGAAGGCAGUAGAGGGAGAGGAGGAUGGGGAUGGUGGGAGUGGAGAGGGUGAGAUGGAGGGAUCGGUGGGACACGGGCAGGAGGAGGGAGAUGCAGGGGAGGGUGAGCGUAUGAGUGUGGAUGGGGAAGGAGAUGGCAGCAGAGACAAGGGUGAGACGCUAUGAGAAGAUGUGAAUUGUUUUGUGAUGUUGAGAUUGUGGCAUUCGAGUGUUUGAAUUCGGGUGGAUGGAAUGGUAUAAAACGGGAACACCUUCAUAUGCGAUUUUAAACGUCAGCUCAGCAGGUUUUGAGAUAGGAGCUUAACCAUUUCAUGUCCGUUCAUUUUGUGAAUAAAGCCAUUGCAUGACU